UAUUACUAUCCAAAACUAACUAAAUGUCACCAAUUCGUGGUAUUUUGUUAGUAUUCUGGGUAAUAUUGGAUAAAUCGUCCUUCCGCGCGAUAACAGCAAACCUUUUUACUUUAAAAUAAGCAUUAUCGAAUUCUUUGAGUCCGAGCCAGCGAUUGGCUGUUUUCAGAUAACAUUGGGAGAUGCUAUGAUGGAUCCAGCAACACAAAUGAGUAUCACACAAAAUGGAGGAACAACAUCUCCAACCCAUUCACAGUCUGAUGAUGGUUGUAGUAAAACAAACCUAAUUGUGAAUUAUUUACCACAAACAAUGACCCAAGAUGAUAUACGUUCUCUGUUUUCAAGUAUAGGAGAGGUUGAGAGUUGUAAACUUAUCAGAGAUAAACCAACAGGUCAAAGUCUAGGUUAUGGUUUUGUUAACUAUAAAAGAAUUGAUGAUGCAGAAAAGGCAAUUAAUACUUUAAAUGGAUUAAGGCUGCAGAAUAAAACUAUUAAGGUUUCCUAUGCUCGCCCAAGUUGUGAAAGCAUAAAGGGAGCCAAUUUGUACAUAAGUGGCUUGCCUAAAUCUUUGACUCAGUUGGAUUUGGAGAAACUGUUUUCUUCUUCUGGAGUAAUCAUUACUUCAAGAAUUCUAUAUGACCAAAUUACAGGUUUGUCAAAAGGAGUUGGUUUCAUUCGCUUUGACACAAGGAUAGAAGCUGAGCGUGCUAUUCAAAAACUAAAUGGUUACAUACCAGAAGGUGCCACAGAACCUGUAACUGUUAAAUUUGCUAACUCCCCUAGUUCAAAUAAGAACAUGGCAGCCAUGGCUCCUCUAGCUUUGGCAACAUAUUUAUCACCAACAAGACGAUUUUAUGGACCCAUUCACCAUCCAACAGCAACCAGUCGCUUCAGAUAUUCACCACUAGACCCUGGUCUUCUACCUAAUACAUUACUACCAAGCACUACCCCAGCUGCUACAACAUCAUCAUCAUCUACAUCACUUAAUACUAAUGGCACUGGUUGGUGUAUAUUUGUGUACAAUCUUGCACCAGAUACAGAAGAUAGUGUUCUGUGGCAGUUAUUUGGACCAUUUGGAGCUGUCCAAAGUGUGAAAGUGAUUCGUGAUUUCCAAACACAAAAGUGUAAAGGCUUUGGUUUUGUUACCAUGACUAACUAUGAUGAGACACUGAUGGCUAUCCAAAGUUUGCAUGGAUUUACAUUAGGCAAUCGUGUUUUGCAGGUAUCAUUUAAAACCAACAAUCGCAAAGUUUAAAACCUUCUAGUCCAGAAUACAGUAAGCUAUUUAUAUUAGAUGGUUUAAAAAGAGACAUGGACAUUUUCAAUAUUAUGACAAAUUAGGUAAUUAACAGUCUAAAUACCACAUACACAGCUUACUCUUUUAUCUUGUGGGAAAAUCUCUUAAACCAAUAAUGUUUGUUAACUUUUAUAUUUUCUGCAUAAUUUAUUUAUUUUUAUUGUUGAUUUCUGGUGUUUAAGUUCAUCAUUAUUUAAUCUGAAUUUUCUCUCUUCAUGUUGAGUACCUAGAUUGCUUUUGUGUUUAUAUGGUAGCAUAAAAAGAAUACCAUAGAUUGUCCGUAAUUAUCUUAAUGUAUAUGCAUGAAAUUUUCUGCCAAGUUCUGACAAAAAGUCAAUAUUUAUACGCCCACAUUGAAAUGUGGUUAUAAGUAGUCGUCUGUUGUCCACAAUUGCUCAUGAAACUGUCUUUAAAACCUUGUAGAGACUAGAUGUUGAAGUUAUAGACAAGGAAGCCUAUUGAUUUUCAAGGAUUUCCAAAAACUACAAGUACCCAAAGUUAUCAUUUGAUAACCGGUACAUGUUUUGUAUAAUAAAUGUAAUAAAUGUUUGUACUUGAAAGAUCUAGAAGCCAGUUUCUGAUAAUUACAUGUUGGACUGUUGCUGUUGAUUAGUGUUUAAUGUCUUGUAAAUGCUGCCAUUACCUGCAGAAGAAUGAAUAGGCGACAACCUUUGUAGACUGCUCAGACGACUUAUGUACUUUGUGCGGAUGUUUUGUUGCCUGGCAACCUGUCUAAAGCUUAGUGUGCACUUUUAUUGUGUACACUUCUUUUAGAUUGCUCAAGUCUUUUACUCAAUUCAGUAUUGUGACCAUAUUUUAAUCAGUUAUAUUCUACAUUUUUGCAUAUAUUGAUUCCACAUUGGUAUUUUUUUUGUGGUUGGUUAUUAUUAAAUUUUUUGUUCAAUU